UGUAGUUGUUUUGAUUUUUUUUGAUUCUCAUUAAACACGCUCUGAAAUUUUGUGUUAGUUCCAUCAAAUGAGCUUUUCAAGAUAUGGGGGAGAGUAUUUUAAAGACUUCAUUCCAUGUUAGCCUUGAACGCCAUGUCCAACCACACACUGAGCAUAACCACGGUUUCUCCCUGUGGAACUUACAUAGCCAGAGUAUCGUCAACCGAGGCAUCGCUUGAGAUCUUUCGAGUGCCAGAGAAUCCAAAUGCUGCAGUUAAAGACUUGUAUAGGUCGUACGGAUUGAGUCAGGACAUAGAGAAUUACGUCGGCAAGCAAAAGGAUAGAAUAAGGAUUACUCAAUUAAAGUGGGAAGAGUUAGAUGAAGCUACCAGUACUGCCGAUAAGAUUGCGUUAGUGAUUGAAACAUAUUCUCUUCUUUUGGUCUAUGAUAUUCGAAAAUCAACAGAGCCCAUUGUGAUCGAACAAUCACCAGAAGAAGGCAUUGAGGAUUUUCAAUGGAUUCCUCCGCCUAUAGGAGAAAAGAAGCAGAAUGAAGAGGUUGGCGCUUAUACUAAUAGUAAACAGAUUGCUCUUUAUACUAAGAAUAGACUUGAGCUAAAGGUGUACUCUGUGGAUUGUACUCAUAUUCUUUUCACGAUCCCCAAACCGGUAUCGUUGAAGCCUAUAAUACGGCCAAAUCUGAAUAAUCAGAUUUGGUCAGUGAUUGCUGAACCAUAUCUUGAAAAAAAUACUAAUGUAAUGAAGGUGGCUCUGGCGGAUACCAAACCUAUAAUAUAUCAUUUCUACAAUUCAGGGCUGCAGAGUCAAGUGUUAUACCAAUUCAGGCUUCCUACGCAGUAUUUAACCCUUCCAUCUUUAUCGUGGUCCCCUUCAAGUAAAUGGUUUAUGUACUUUGGUGAACCUUUAUUUGGGUAUUCUUUACAAGUGUAUAAUUUGAUGGGGAUAAAUCACAAAUCGACCAAGGCAUUUGAUCAUGUUGGUCAUGCAAUGCUUCAGUUGGAUUGGGCUACAGAGAACAUUCAAGAUCACCCCGUAUACUUUGGGUCUAUCAAAUAUAUCAGCCGAUGGAUUAAGGCCAAUGAAUCAGAAAAAAUUGACGAGAGCAUUAUAAUAUCAACCAAGACCGAAGAUGGUAAAAUCGAAAUAAUGAUUGUUUCGAUGGAAAGUUUCAAGAUCACUAGUCAUUGGACUUUACCGGAUACACCGAUUGAAAAUAUAUGGAGCCAAAAUAAUGAUACCAAAUAUAGAAAGAUAUUCCCACUGACACCUAUUACAUUACAAGAUAAUAAGCUUCACGAUGUGUUCACGGAUGCAAAAGGAUUGGUAUUAUUUCAAUUUGACUUUUUCAUAUACAUAUACAAAACCACAAAGGGUGCUAAGAUUGAAAUAGAGUGGCAAUUGAUAGAUGUCAUUCAAACUCAAACUAGAAUUUUAAACAUUGAUUAUAAAGAGCACAACGACCAACGGAAAAUAUUUAUUACCACGGAAGAUCAUAUAGCGGUUUAUGAUGAGAUUACAAGGCUGGUCAGAUGCAUUCAUACCAACAAACAUAAAAUAAAGGAUGUAUUCAUAUUUCAAACAGGAGAGAAGGUGAAAUUUAUAAUAACUGAUAAUACCAGUUCAUUUCCGGGUAGUUCAGUGGCUCAUUGGCAUAUGACAUUAUUUACAAUUGAAACCGAGAAAGCGAAUGUUGCAGAUAACAUCAAGGAUUUUGACAGACUCAAUGAUGGUUCGUCCACCAUCGUUAGUACCAACUACGAGGAUGAUUCGAAUGCAGAAAUCAUGAAAAAGUAUCAAUACAAGGAAGACGAUUCAAGAGUAGUGGGAUUAAUGAGAGAUGUACAACACUCGGAAUGGGGUCAAGCAGCACGGAAAAGAAGAAGCCGUAUCAGUGAAGGAAGGUUAGGUAUUCUACUGAGAGUAUACGGACGUAAUCAAAGAAAUGAGUUGACAUCUGAUGAUAUUACCGAUACUUUUAAUUUGAAUAAAAGAAAAUCAAGAAAUUAGAUCAAAUGUGUAUAUUAAAUACGGUGUAUAUGUACAGGUUAUUAUAAAG